UUAUUAUUUGCACCCUCAAAUUUAAGGCAAAAAGGAAACAUUGAACAAUUAAAAAUUAAUGACCAAAAAGAAAAGAUCGAAUUGAAGAUUUAUAAUAAACCAAAAUGUGACUGUUUCCUAAUUAGGGAGCAAUAGUCAAUGUGUCCAAUAAUACAAGUUAAAAAAUCCAAGCAAAUAAUGACAAUUUGAUGAGACAUAAUGGCAAUUUAUCAUGAAAAAAAAUCAAUUCAGAUAUGGAAUCUAUCACCAAAAUUAACGUCUGGAUUUCCCAUGACAAAGAACAUAGUUUUAACCAAAACAAUAUCUUUCAUAUUAGAAAGUUUCUCUUUGAAUUGGGUGGCAUCUUCUGCUAACUUUUACCAUUGAAAUCCUGUUUUUUCCCAUAGCCAAAAUGAGAGAAAUUAGGCCUUUAAGACUGAUAAAGUCUCCAUAUGUUCUUCUAGUGGCAUUUUUUAUCAUCCUCAUCACUUGUUGCAUUGUUUUGAUCAAUUCAUCAAAGCCAUCAUUCUCAUAUGGGACUUGUGGAACAACAAGCACUGCUUCUCAAAACCCAAGCUUGGAAAGAAAUGAACUGGUACAAGUACUAAGGAGAGUAUCCAUGGAAGACAGAACAAUUAUACUAACAGGUAUUGUUGAUGAAGCCUGGACGAGUCCUGGCUCUGUCCUAGACCUCUUUCUGGAAAGCUUUCGACUAGGACAAGGUACUGAAAUGCUCUUGAAUCACUUGUUGGUUGUUACUAUUGGAAACAAAGCAUAUCAACAAUGCCAUUCCUUGCAUCCACAUUGCUUGGAGCUCACCCCAAUUGGUUCCAUCAACAAUUUACUGUUGGAUGUGCUCAAACUAGGUUACAGUUUCUUAUUCACUGAAGUAGAUGUUAUGUGGUUUAGGACUCUAGUUUUCGAGAUAAACCCAUUGCACGAAAUCACAAUCCCAUGUAAUUUACUCUCUCGUGGAUCUGAAAGUGAAAGAAACAGACCGGGUAGAGGACUAUUCUACGUGAAAUCAACCGAGCGAGCAGUCGAGCUAUUCAAAUAUUGGAAGUUUUUGAGGACUCUAUAUGACACUUUUCAUGUGGAAUCUCUAUGUGAAAAUUUGAGAGAGCACCAGGAGUACACUAAAAUGAUUGGAGUCGAGAUAGAUUACCUCAAUGCAUCCUAUUUUGGUGGGUUUUGCAGUGGAGAAAGUAAGGACAUGAACAUGGUUUUUACCAUGCAAGCAAAUUGUUGUAAAGGAGUGGAGAACAAGGUCUAUGAUCUCAGACUUGUUCUUGAUGGUUGGAGAAACUUCACAGCACAACCAUCUAAUUUCAGGUCAGGAGUGGGCAUGGUGCCCUCUUGGAGAGCACCAACCAAAUGCAUAGCAUAAGAUAUGAUUUUGUUUAUAUAUUACAUAAUGGCUACCCUUGUUCUAAAAGAGACCACCAUUAGGUGGUGCACUAGUAUUUCAGACACAGAAUUAAUUUUCAUGAUAUGAUUGCAUUGG